AACAGCAGCAACAGCAUCAUCAAGAGCAACAGCGGCAACAAAAGGAGGAGCAUCAGCAGCAUCGAGCUUCUCUGGUCGCUAAUAGACUGAAAGCUCGGCUUGGAGCGAGGCUUUAAAGUCUCGAGGCCCUCGGAUUCAGCCGGCCCGCAGCAGAGAUGCAUCAGCAGAAUCCACAACAAUCGCAGCAACAGCUAACCAGUGCCCAGAAUGGCCUUGCCGGGGGGGCCCAGCUGCCUCAGAGUCCUGGACAUCAGCAGCAAGGCCCAAGCGGCGUUACUGGGCCGAACAGGGCCCAUGUCAAUGGGGGCCGCUUUGAUUUCGAUGACGGGGGUACGUACUGUGGCGGUUGGGAGGAUGGCAAAGCCCAUGGACACGGGGUCUGUACGGGCCCUAAAGGUCAAGGGGCUUACUCCGGUAGCUGGCAUUAUGGCUUCGAGGUUUCGGGCGUUUACACAUGGCCCAGCGGCUCGUGUUACGAGGGCCAAUGGCAGAAUGGCAAACGACACGGUCUCGGCAUGGAGACGAGGGGUCGUUGGUUAUACCGGGGUGAGUGGACGCAGGGCUUCAAAGGUCGCUACGGGGUAAGACAAUCGACGACAUCCACCGCGAAAUACGAGGGAACGUGGUCGAGUGGCCUCCAGGAUGGCUACGGGUCCGAAACAUACGCCGACAGUGGAACGUAUCAAGGACAAUGGUUACGAGGUAUGCGACACGGUUACGGAGUGCGGGCGAGCGCGCCUUUCGGUCUCGCAUCGCAUUACAAGUCCGGGAAGCAGGUUAGGGCGUCGUUGACGUCCCUGAGAAGUACCGAGGGUGCUCCAGGAACGGCACCGACGCCCGAGCCGACCGAUAGGCGAGAUCGCCGCGUCGACGAUAGCAGAGGAGGCUUCGUGCUCAAAGCGAGGAGCGACGAUCCGCCCGCCAGGCGGAAGAGUCUUACGGAAAAAUCCCUGAAAAAGGGUAUCCUCGCAGGCUUGAAAAUCCGCAAGCAAAGAAGCACGGGUGACCUUGAAAAGCGUGGCACGGCAGGCAGUAUCCGGAGCAAUGCGAGCACCGCGUCGUGGAUGUCGACCGAGAGCUCGCAGAGCCAGGCUUCCGCCUCGAUGCACACCGACAGUAACGCCUCCUUCGUUAUCGAGGACGAGCAAAUGGAUGCCGCCGUAACCGAGACAUACCUCGGCGAAUGGAAAAAUGACAAACGUACAGGUUUUGGAAUCUCGGAACGCAGCGAUGGUCUGCGCUACGAGGGCGAAUGGUUCAAUAAUCGUAAAUACGGUUAUGGCGUUACGACUUUUCGCGAUAAUACUAAGGAAGAGGGCAAGUACAAAAAUAACGUCCUUAUAACCAGUCAGAAGAAAAAGCACCUAUUUCUCAUACGCUCAGCAAAAUUCCGGGAGAGAAUAGACGCAGCGGUGGCAGCUGCUCAACGGGCUAGUAAAAUUGCUCUGCAAAAAGCCGACAUAGCGAUAUCGCGAACAACGACAGCGAGAGGCAAAGCCGAGUUGGCUGAUAUAGCGGCUGAGCACGCGCGAGAGGAUUCUGAAUUGGCCCAGCAAACGGCCAGGCAGUUCGCUCCGGAUUUCCGACAGCCGGGACUAGAGAGGUUAAAAAAUCGCGAAAUUCCAAAGUAUGUUCCUCCACCUCAAGAUGCUGCGCCUGGCAAGAGUAUCCUCCAUAAAGGUUCAAGUUUUGAUCAACAAAAUAUUACACCCAUGAAACAACAGCCAUACAAUGUACAGCCAGAGAGGAUAGAUGAGUCGAGUACGGGUGGUCCGAUGAUGAAUCAGACGAUGCGACGAGCUAGUAUGAAACCACUUCCACAAAAUACAAUAACAUUGCCGCAAAAUCAGAUAUUAUUAUCGCAGAAUCAGCAAUCUAAUCAGUACUCGACACAGAGUCAACCACCAAAUUUACAAUCAACUCAGAACAAUCAAAGCAGCUACUCUCCCCAGAUGCCGCUUCUUCAAAAUCAGUUCCCAAAUACUACUGGAUCGACUUCACCGAUACAUCAACAGCAACAGCAGCAGCAGCAAUUCCAAAUGAACCAAUACGGCCAAACGCAGCAAUUACCUUAUAAUAAUGUGCAGGUCAAUCAAUAUGGGCAAUCGCAGUAUUCGAGUUCACAAAACAUUGACCAGUUUGGAAAUUACGGACAAGGAUUUCAAAAUCAGUAUCAAACAUGCGGUUAUGCGAAUCAGCAGCAAUCUGUGCAAAAUCAGUAUGGAUAUGCACCGGUAAUGAAUCAGAUGAACCAGUAUAGUUCAACAAUUCAACAGCAAUCCACGUAUAAUCAGAGGCAAGAACAACCACAACAACAAUUUCAAUCCGAGGAAAAUCAGAGAGUUUUGAAUGCAAUGAGUAUACGACGAAACAGUCGCGUCCUUAGCCCUCAAGACAGACCCGCCGCCGCAAGUAUUGGACAGACACUCAAUGAUAGGCUCGAUCACUACAAGAGGCCUCCGAGUCGUGAUAGUUCAGUCGAUCGUUAUAGAAGACAUCCUCUUGUAAGUGGAUCGAGACAAACUUCCAUUGAUAAAGUACCAUCUUCACCAACACCAGAUAUUCCAGACAACAGAUCGAUGAGAAGUCCAAGCGCCUUAAGGUCAGGUACGCCAGUGAACAAUGGCUCUGCUGUGGGAAGCGGUACCGCGACACCGAGUUACGCAGCUUCAACCUCCAGCCAAUUUGAGGACGUUCUUUUAAAGAAUAAAAGCCUUGGACAAGAGAUACUGCCAAGUCCUGGCCAGCCAAAGCGAACAGAAAGUUUGUACGUCACGCCCGGAAGAGCUACUGGAAGUGGUGGUGGCGGUGGUAGCGGCGGAGGCGGUGGGGGUGGCGGAGGCGGUGGAAGAUUGAAGGCGAUGCCGGCGGCAGCGAUGAGCUUACAACGAAAGAAAUCACUGCCGGACGUGGCGCAGCCGAUACAAUUGACCGCAACCAGCCCGCUGUCUAGAGAAGAGGUCAGCGUGUUAAGCAGUAUGAGGCGUGAGGAGAUUCGCAGGCAAAUCGACGAGCAUGAGAGGCUCCGUGCCAAUCCUCUGCUCUACCUAGUCAGUCCUCAAGUUAAAGACUGGUUCUCGCGACAGCAACUAGUGAUGCUCGUACUAUUUAUCAAUAUAUCGCUGGCAUUGAUGUUCAUAAAACUAUUGACGUAGCAUCAACAGUCCAGCGAUAAUCGGCUUGAGCAUCGCGUCGUGGAGGUUACUUGAAAACAACUG